UACUUAGCGUGGCUGUCCACCAGGGCGAAACAGAACGGUGUGCUCAAUUGAAAGCUGUGUUGUUAUGAAGGCUUCAUGACGGCAGAGCCCGGUUAUGACUGGGGCCAGAAUGAGUCGGAAAGGAGAACUUUUUGGAAGGGUCCCCUGCUCAUCACAGUCGAUUGACACUAGGAACCUAAAAGAAUGGGCUGCAAAAUUCAUCGUCUCCAGCCUCUUAAUUUUACCCAAGAGGAAUCUGCAUCCCAGAGAGGCUAUGUGCCUGCCCCCAAAUCACACAGCUGAGGAAAACCCCAGGUCUUCUGACUCCUAAUUGCUGUCAUCUGUGUCCCUCACGAUGGAAGAAACGGGGAAGACCGCUAUCCAGCUGCAGAGACCCAUAAAGACUGAGUGGAAUUCUCAGUGCGUCCUUUUCACCUAUUUCCAAGGGGACAUCGGCAGCGUAGUGGACGAACACUUCUCCAGGGCUCUGAGCAGUGUCAAGAGGCCCCAGCGACUGAGCCCCUCGAGCCAGAGUGCAGAUGUGAUCCUGAGGAACGAUGGUGACAUGCCUCCGAAUCGGUGGCGUUUCUCUUCUCAGUGGACGAAGCCAGAGCCCGGAGCAUCUUUUGCAUACGGCGCCACCGACUGCAGCUUCCACGGGCCCGGUCUCAUGACUAUGGAUCACUACCCGGUGCCCCUGGCGGGGAGCCCCUCCGUUCCGUCUGGCGAGCCGUGGCCUUACCCCUCCCCGGCCAGCCCCAGCUCCUCGGAGCCUGGCUACUCUCACGCCUACUCCGGCGGGCACGUGCCGUCCGAGCCCCAGCCUGACGGGAAGUAUGAGCCUUUCCUGAGCCUCCUCCAGCAGGACCGAUACCUAGCCCCUCCUCAGGAAGCUGCGGUGUGGGAGGAUUGCAGCUCUGCUCCGACAGCCGGAAGCACGGGAUUGACCUUCCACUUGCCUGCCGGCUCAGCCCACUAAAGCCAGUCUCCAGAGAGAAGAAAUGUGGUUGUUGUUUUUUUUUUUUUUAUUGAAUUUCAGUCGGAAGAAGAGAAUUCCUUUUUCCAAACCUGCCCGUGAUUUUCUACUGUGAAUCCUGAGGGUCUAGAGACUGCACCGUCCUUUUUCCCUUUCCGUCACGAGAGAGCAUUGCGCCAGGAGCAAGUUUCUGUUCUCCCUAAAAUUCUACACUUCCCUUCGUUGGCACCUAUGUCCUGUGGCAGGAGUUCUCAAACUUCAGGGACUCCCCAGCAUAUGAAAUGUUUAAAAGAGCAGUUCAGGGACGGGGACCAUAGAGGCUCAUCCCACCCUCCCUGCCCCCAACAGCUCUCCUCCUUAGAAAUCAUAGCGCCCUCACCCUCUACCAGCAGGGUCUUUGGUAUCUUAUGGGGUCGCCCCUUUUGCCAACCGAAUGGAGGAGAUCCGAGGAACAGCCUGAAGCUUUCUAGCCUCCCCCAGACUGUGGGCCACUGCACUCCGGCCUCUGCCAAAAGCAAAAUGAACGCGCUCUCCUGAAUGCAGUACUUUCUUUUUAAUGUUUUCUUUAUUUUUGAGAGAGCGUGUGAGCGACAGAAGGGGGCAGGAUCCGAAGCGAGCCCUGCAGUGAGAGCCGUAGGCCCAAUGCGAGUCUCGAACGCACAAACUGUGACAUCGCGACCCGAGCCGAAGUCAAUCAACUGACUGAGCCCCAUCCCAAGCGGAACCCGAAGUUCUGUGCCAAGAGCGUUUGUCAGUUGCAGUUCCAGGAGUUUCUUCCUGCCCUCACUCCGAGGAUGAGGAUUCUGGCAUCUGACGCCCCACAGGUGUCCCCCUGGACCUUGGUGACACCUUACAGCCUGCCACGGGGCCCACCUGGCUUCCCCAAACAAUGAAACCUUCCCUUCGGCUCUUCCACUGUUAGGGACAUCUGGGAAGUAUGAUCUGUCUUUUCAGUACAGAGCCGCUGGGGCCACCCAUGGGGAUACCCACGGCGUCUUAGACACAUUGGGGGGGAAAGACAAGGCUUGGGCCAAGCCAUGGCAGCAGGACCUCCCUGCAGAUUGUUCCAGAUAAAGUGACAAAUUUCUCCAAACUCAUUCAUCUCAUCUCUCUAAUCUACCAGACGCUGUCCAUGUUCCCCGUCCACACAGCCCCCACUUGCUCCUGUGUAACAGCUCAGGGGGUGAAUAAUAAAACUACUUUUUCGGAU